AUGUUGCUAGAUGAAUUGUUCGAGGCUGGUGUAACAGAAGAGCAUCAGACUGACGAUAUUGAAAUCGAAAGCAUUGAAGAUGAAAGUGAAGGCAAGCCAACUAAUACAACCAAUGGUUCUGAUGACAUGAUGCAACUUGAAGAUGAUAGAGAUGCUCAUGCAGAAUCCAUAAUCAACUUUUCUGAUAGUGAAGAUGACAUUGAGGAAAUUUUUGAUGGACCUAAAAAUGAGUUUAGGUACAAAUGGAAUGAAUUUCAGCAAAUACUUCUCAACAUUUUUGGUGAGCGAACUGAGCUGCUGGAUGUACCAAGAAAAUAUAUAGCUGAUGCACUAGUGAAAGUUAGAGUUUUCAAGACUGAGAGCGAUUCUCCACCAGAAUCAAUACAGAUCUGGAAGAAUCGACUACAAAGUUGGCGGGACAAAAUGUUAGAGAUGAGAACAUUAUGUAAAUUGAGAAAAGUGUUGAAGGCAAAUGUAAGUCACCCAAAACCCAGACUGCCUGAUGGUUUGAAGAGCCAAUGUAAAUUUAUAGUACCAUGGAAUAGACUUAGAGUGAUGUGGAUUAUGUAUUUUGGGUUACAAGAAGAAUUUCCUGAUGGAGUCAGUGUAAAAUGA